AUGAGCAGUAAUUCUGAAUAUUCCGAGAACCAGGUCAACAUCGGCCAACAGGACUCUCCGACCCAGUCGCGGUUUGUCGAGAUUGGUCUGUACACGGAACGAGUCAUGUCGCCGCCAGAGAACCAGCCGGCCAGCCAUCAGUGGCAGCCUGACUUGGUUUGCGGCAUUGAUUUUGGCAUGACUUGCGUUGCGUGGGCUCUCUUCAAUGAGAUGACGAGUGACUGGUCUCAACUACGACAAAUCAGACGAUGGCCUGGUCAAAACAGCAGCCUGGAAAAAGUGCCAACCGAGCUUAUCUACAACGGCAAUACCGUGCAACUAUGGGGCGCCGAGUGCAAAACGCUCGCCACGCAAGAGGAAAGGGUCAAGACGAAGCGCCUCUUCAAGAAUGCCAUGUCUGCCCGGGAUGUCGGUCUGGCAGCCUACGGCCACGAAAUAGAGAAUGCACGGUGGUAUUUCAAGGACUUUAUCACUCACGUCCACUCGCAUAUCGAGGCUACGCUCGCCAAACAGAUCAAUGACUUUAAGAAGCUGAGCAUUGAGUAUGUUUUCAGUGUACCGACAACGUGGAACCGUGACGCGGAAACCUUGAACGAGGUCAAGCAAAUGAUCCGAGAGGUUGUGGGAAAAACCCAGUAUAGAAGAGCGGUGAUUGGUAUGAGUGAAGCGGCUGCCUCCGCAGUCGAGACUGGACAAGACCGAUUCAAGAAAGGUGACGUCGUCUUGGUUUGCGAUACUGGUGGAGGGACAGCUGAUGUCAAUAUCUUCAUGUUUGUUUCAUCCGAGAAAGAAGCGGCUCGUGUCAAACCAUUGACGUAUGAUGAAGGCGCUCCGGCCGGAGCCGCAAGCAUCGAUCAAGCUGCUCUCGAUUAUAUGAUAUCGCGAAUGAGGAAUAUCAACCUUUUGGACAAGGACAGCGCCAUAUGGGCUCUGGAGGCAGUCCAAGCAGGCUUUGCAGCCAUCAAGCAUGAUUACGGCAGAUCGAAGCCGAAAGGAGGGUAUUUCCUCUUGCCGGUGCCAGGUUUGGCCGGGCUUCAACCACCUUCAGAGGACUUCGAAUUGGCAGGCAAAGGCUCUCAGGAGGUGUUGUUCAAAAUCCAUCCGAAGCUCCUGGAAGAAUGGUUCAACAAUGCAGUGAACGACAUACUGGCAAUCAUCGACAGCCAACUCGAAGCACUGGCUCGCGAGCACAAGGGCGAGAAGAUCGACCGUGUCGUGUUGUCUGGUGGCUUCGCUUGGAACAACUACUAUCAAGAUCGGAUGAAGACGUAUUUCAACAACAAGAAGCGAGAGAAACACAAGUCAAUCUCAAUCGACCUGGAAAUUCUCUGCGCACCCGAGCCGGAAUUAUCCGUCGUCCAAGGACUCGUGCACAACAGAGUGAGGGAGCUCAGGGGCUUGGGCCCUGUAUUCGAGUCUGUGUGCUGUCCGGCCAGCUAUGGAGUGGUGUUUGCGGAACGGUACAACUCAUUGAAGCACUCCCGUCAGGGAGAUGUGCCCGAAAUCUCUGCUCUUGAUGGCAAGAAGUAUAUUCGGGGCCAAAUUGACUGGAUCAUCAAGAAAGGCGUGCCGAUCCCGAGCAAAGGAAUCAAGAGGGAGUACAACAUUGUUCUCGACAAAACGGGCGAGCGUGGCGAAGAGCCUCGAUCGUUCCAAGUUGUGUCUACCGACCAUCCACGGGACCGCUUACCUCCCAAUAUCAGCCAUAGCGCCGUCAAGCCCGUCUGCGAGAUCACCAUUGACUUGGCCAAGCUGAAAAUAACGAGCAGGCAGCAGCAUUCUUUAAGUGGUGGCAUCGUGGGCUUGUCAAACAGGCUCAAGGCCCCGUUGAACAAACGAGCCAAUCCUGUUGCCGCUGCCGCUGCUCCUGCUGCUACUGGACCCAAGGAGGCCAGCUUCGACCUGUUCUUGCUCAUCGGCGCCGCGGACCUACGAUUCGAGAUCAAGCCAAGAGGAGAACCGGACAUUCUGGCCAGCUCGGAGCAUGAUCAGAUCGAUGUUGUGUGGGCACAGGAUGAUACCGCCAUUUCCAGGACAUCAACAGCAGCAUCGCGGACGGACGAUCUCAUCCUUAAAAGAUCGUGAAUUCUGUCGCCAAUUCGACUUCUUCUGGGCUUGGUGGCUCGUUUUAAGGGCUGAC